AUCGUUUCCCUGACAGGAGUUGGCUAGUGUGAUUAGCACCCAGGGCAGCCAACCACCAUCAGCAGGAAGCCAGAAGGGAGCGAGUGGAAUGGCUAGUCCCAGCCUAGGGUAUGAGGUGAUAGUGAAUGGGUAAUCACAAAGCGGUCCCUCAGCUCGCCCCUGACCUCACUAUCGACAGUGCCGUGACCUGCGUCUCCAGGUUUAGUCGGUUUCAGUGUCUGUCUCUAUCAAUCAUUUCACCAUCCGAGGUUCUCCAUGGCCGUUCUCUUCGCCCCCAAGCGGAUGACAGCUCGUUAGAGCAACGAAAGUAGUUGAUAGUGGUUUAUCUUCCAAUGAGCGGGCAAAGUCCUCGACAACCAUGGCCCGGAUCCCGUAUCAGUGGUAGAUGGCCAUGCCAGAAUGGAGAUGCCACACGGCAAAACGACCUCGUUGCCUCCAAACGCCUAUGGGAGAGCGGUGCAACACGAAACAAGAGAAGUAGGAGAAGAAACAUGGCAAAGAGACUGCACAGAAGAGUAGAUGGGAGAGAAAUGAGAGCCUGUCCCGUUGGGAUGAGUCCAAGUCUCGUCGUCAUUCCAGAAGGGCUUGAGGGAUUGAUGCAACGCAGCUGUCAGAUACUCUUCUUUCGUACAAAGGCAGAAAAGGAUGUUUUGUCAGUGGGCAGCAGUCAUCAACAAUGCAGGGACCUUAUAUUCGCGCGGUUCGCGUUUCUCCAACCAUCAUCCGGCAGCUCACACCGCUUGCUACUCAGACAUAGAUUAGGAAUCUGCAGAAAGUCAAAAACAAACGCGCUACAGAAGAACAAAGCCUUGAGAUCCAACCGCUCAAGAAGACGCACUCCAAGCGCACAGGACCGAACAUCGAGAAAUGGCUUCCCCAAAUGCGCGGGGUUGCAACUCUCUUUGCCAAAACUGAAACUGAUCAAUGGAAGUUGCAGCGCGGUGGUUCCUUCCCUAGUGUGAUCCGCUAGUUUGCCUUGAGUCGAUGUCACGUGACUCUUGGCAGUGCUUUUUCCGUUUCACGCAGCUGCCCAGACGGCGCCCGUCCCCGCUUCA